AUGAUUAAAUUAGGAAGUCGCAGCAAUACAAGAAAGAAUAGAAUGAGAAAACUUAAUCACAUAACAGUUCUUCAAGGCUCAAGAAGAAUGGAAGAGAAGAGCGAUUCUUCUUGUCCCUAUUCUUAUAAGAAGGCAGUGCUUUUGAUGUUUAUAGUGGCCUUAUUUGUUAUUUCGGCAUUUCUUAUAUACAAUUAUAGUUAUAGGACUAGCUAUUCACCAUCUCGAACUUCGUCGGUGAACCCUUCUGCACCUCCUGCACCCCCUGAAUAUUCUACACCUCCUGCACCCCCUGAAUAUUCUACACCUCCUGAAGAUUCUAAACCUCCUAGCUAUCAUAGUUUAUACCCUUCAGCACCUGUUCCUGAUAAGUACCCUCAUCAUAGUCAAUUUGGAUACUAA